CAUUUUAUGUCAAAGUCAACAAUCAGCUGAUAGUGCCUAAUCAAAAUUUAUCUGAGGGAAUGUAAAUAAAUAUAAUAUAAAACACUUAUCCAGAGAUUUGCAGCUACUUAUUUGUAAAAUGUUUACCAAAGGAGCACAGGUUGCAGAAAUAUUCGCUAAAGCAGUUGCCAGUACAAAAGGAUUUGAUCAACAUCUGCGCAAGGUAAAGUUGAUAUCAUGUGGUAAUGGCAGGAUGUUGGCAGAGUUCCGAGUGGGGCCAGAGCAUCUCAACCAGAGAGGGACACUGCAUGGAGGUUUUAUAGCACACUUGGUUGAUGCUAUCUCCACUUAUGCAUUGACCACUCACGAAAGAGUUGACACAAGAGGAGUCUCUAUAGAUCUUAGUGUAAGUUAUCUGACUGCUGCAGCAGAUGGUGAUAUAAUUGAAGUAGAAGCUUGUACAAAAAAGGCUGGCAAAAAAAUAGCCUUCUUAGAAGUGGAGGUACGGAACAAGGAAACAAAUCAGUUACUUGCCACAGGCAGACACACCAAGUAUAUAGGCAUUUAAUUUCUAUUUUACUAUUACUGUAAAUGUGAAUGUGUUUGAUCGUUUAGAAGAUUUCAUUGAACCUUGGUAGUAAGGGAACCUUGAAUUUCAAGACAGAAAUGCUGCUUCUUGUGAAUCAUUCAAUUUUAGUAACUCACAAGUCUACAAGAUAGUUUGUUUACGUAGACUGAAGUAGAUAAAAUUGUGAUAAGAAAGAAAUGUACACAACUUGUCACCCAACUGUGUUAUUCAAAUUAGUAUUUGCUAACAGUUGUACAUUGUUUUAUAUGUUUUUAUUUAUAUAUUUUAAUUUGUAGAUGAUCAUGUUAUUCCAAGUUAUUAAAUCAUGUUUCAGCAAUCUAAA